CUCUCUCUCUGUCUUCUCUGUAGAUCUGAGUGUACACAGAGCAUACCCUGCCAUCCUUGUCUGAUGAAAGAGUCACGACAUCUGCUUCAGAUACACAGACCAUAUUCGCAUACAAAGAUGCAGCCCACUGUGGUUCUUCUCUUCUCCUCGAUCUUCCUCCUGGCUUUCAUCAUCCCAUUCUGCUUCUCCCAGAACGAGGGAGACCUGGUUGUUCAGACACGUACCGGUCGAGUUCGAGGCAUCCGCCAGCUGGUGCCGGAUCAGAGCUACAUAACUGCUUUUCUGGGCAUCCCCUUUGCUGAGCCCCCACUGGGGAACCGCCGUUUCCGUCCUCCGGAACCCAAACGUCCGUGGACUGGAGUGAUCGAGGCCAAGGAAUACCCCAACGCGUGCUAUCAGUAUGUGGACACAGCAUUCCCAGGCUUCCAGGGCAGUGAGAUGUGGAAUCCUAACAGAGACAUGAAUGAGGACUGCCUCUACCUCAAUGUCUGGGUGCCCUCCUCGCCCAGACCUCACAACCUCACUGUCAUGGUGUGGAUCUAUGGUGGAGGCUUCUACAGUGGAUCUUCUUCUCUGGAUGUGUAUGAUGGUCGUUACCUAGCUCACAGCGAGACAGUCAUUGUGGUUUCGAUGAACUACCGGAUCGGUGCUUUCGGCUUCCUGGCUCUGCAUGGCUCCUCCGAGGCUCCUGGCAAUGUCGGCCUCCUUGACCAGAGGAUGGCGCUGCAGUGGGUACAAGACAACAUCCAUUUCUUUGGUGGAAACCCUAAACAGGUUACGAUCUUUGGCGAGAGUGCUGGUGGAGCUUCAGUAGGAUUCCACCUGUUGUCUCCAGACAGCCGACCCACUUUCACUAGAGCCAUCCUCCAGAGCGGGGUCCCCAACUGCCCCUGGGCCUCAGUGAGUCCCGCUGAAGCCCGCAGACGUGCCACACAGCUGGCAAAGUUUGUCGGUUGCAACGGAGGAAACGACACCGAGAUAAUAGACUGUCUGCGCAGUAAAAGUCCACAGCAACUUAUCGAUCAUGAGUGGCAGGUUCUGCCAUGGUCCGCUCUGUUCCGAUUUUCAUUUGUGCCUGUUGUGGAUGGCGAGUUUCUGCCCGACACUCCUGAGGCCAUGCUCAACUCAGGGAACUUUAAAGACACGCAGAUUCUCCUCGGCGUUAAUCAGAAUGAAGGCUCCUACUUCCUGCUGUAUGGAGCACCAGGCUUCAGCAAGGACAACGACAGUCUGAUCUCCAGAGAGGACUUCCUGGAAAGUGUUAGGUUGAGCGUACCUCAUGCUAAUGAUAUCGGCCUGGAAGCAGUGGUGCUGCAGUACACCGACUGGAUGGAUGAGAACAAUGAGAUAAAAAAUCGUGAUGCCAUGGAUGACAUUGUCGGUGACCACAACGUCAUCUGCCCGCUGGCCCACUUCGCUCGCUCUUAUGCACAACACAAUGCCCUCAAGGCUAACGUGGGUGGCAUCAACUUUGGUGGGGUGAACAGUGGAAACUCACAAGGAGGGAUGUAUCUUUACCUUUUCGAUCACCGGGCAUCCAAUCUGGCCUGGCCAGAAUGGAUGGGGGUGAUCCAUGGCUAUGAGAUUGAAUUUGUUUUCGGGCUGCCACUGGUGAAGAGGCUCAACUACACCCGAGAUGAGGAGAAGCUAAGCCGACGUAUGAUGAAAUAUUGGGCCAACUUUGCUCGGACUGGAAAUCCCAAUGACGUGCAGGGAGAUAGAGGGAAACGCUGGCCUGUGUUUACCGUCAGCGAGCAAAAACACGUUGGCCUCAACACCGAGUCACUCAAGAUUCACAAAGGUUUGCGAAACCAGAUGUGCGCAUUCUGGAAUCGCUUCCUGCCACGCCUUCUCAAUAUUACUGACAACAUAGAUGAGGCAGAACGUCAGUGGAAGGUGGAGUUUCACCGCUGGUCUUCCUACAUGAUGCACUGGAAGAGUCAGUUUGACCACUACAGCAAGCAGGAGCGCUGCACUGACCUCUGAGCGCCUCAGCGAGGAGACGACGGAGAGAAGAGCGGCGAGCGAGCCGUGGCUGUUUUCCUCCAUAGUUCCUGAGUGAAGGCUGACAUCUUUUUGUGGUUCUUUUGGUUCACAGCAUACACAAGCAGAGGCACUGUUGUCAUUUAUUUAUAUUAUUUAUAAUAUUUAUUGUUUUGUUUUUUUAUUUGUGUAUGUGUGUCUGUGGAACUUAAGGGCUGUGGAGUAAAACUUGUCAUUGGAGGAGUAAAGAUGCGUCAUUACCUCGAAUGUGUGUGCGUAACUAUGUGUGCGUCUCAGAAACCGCCCAGUUUGACUCAGAUAACUUAACUGACCCGUCACACUGCUCCACUACGGAUUUACUGUAACCUCACGCAUCUCUGUGGUCAUCUCGUCACUUUUUUUGCUUUCUGGGGAUUUCUUCUUUCCAACAUAUCCGUUGUAUUUUUGGUCUCAUCACUGUUUUGUUUCUCUUUUAUUUAUUUAGUUAUUUUUAUUAAUACUGUUACAACCACUACUCCCAUUACCUGUACUGGUCUUGCUUUGUUUGUGUGUUUCUCCUGUGGUAAGCCAUAUACUAUUUUGCAUUUAUCUAACUGUUGCUGUGUGUGAAAACAUCAGAUUCCUCACAUUUUACUCAAUGUUAAAACUGCUGUAUUCUAGUUUGAUGUGAGAUGUAGAUAGUAUAUUACAUCCAGACCAACUGACUGGUGCCUAACUCGCAUUAUAUUACAAGUUCACUCAGUUUCACAGUUGAAUGGAAACAGAAACGAGUCCCGUUGAUGUUUAUGGGUCCUCUUGAGCAUCGCCUGUCUGUUGAAGCGCGUCGGUGCUCAAUUCUUCUAAAUGUUCAGCCUUCCUGUGAGGGUCGAUUCUUCUGCACAACUGCACUGAAUUGUGCAUGUGUGCGUGGCCACUCAGUGUGCCACUCAUGUGUGAGACAGUAAGCUCGAUCUUUCUUUUCCUCCUUUUUUCUGUCACUCCUUCUGUUUGUCUUCCACCACAACAACCCUUCAUCCAGUCCCUCUCUCUGCUUUCUGCCUCUCCACUCUAGUUGUCAUCUUCAUCUCUAAUAAACCUCCACCCACCCUCAUUUCUUUCUUACUCUUUUCCUUUAUCCAUUAUUCCCGCCUCUCCCUUCCUGUUUCUCACUUUUAAGUUAGGCCUUUUCCAUUCCUCGUUUGUUUCCUUUCGCUCCCCCCUUUUAGUUAUUCCUUAUUCAUCAUCUGCCGUAUCUGUCCCUCCUUCCUUGUCGGCUCUGUUACAUCACUGCUCCCUCUCCCAUCCCCCUUCCUUGCUCCUGCUUUGUUGUUAGUCUAAUGGAGGUAGAGUACGGUAAUUCACUCAGCUGCAGGAUAAUGUGACAGAGUACUGGCUCAGCCUCUGGCCUGCUAGCCAACAGGACCUGCUGAAUGCAGAGGUGGAGAAGUGAUGGGAAAAUGACAAGACGGAGAAAUGCACUCCUAUGUCACAAAAGUAAUGCAGAUAUGCACUGAUCAUUUGAAAACUCAGAUGUGCAUUUUGUUACAUCCAGGGCCAUAAAAAGACGUUUGCAUGUUCGAUCCUGUGAUUUGGUUGCAAACACUCAUGUGUGGCAACAUUCACCUGCAUUUGAAAAAAAAAUCAAGAAAAAGACUUUUAACCUUAAACUUGAUGCUCACAAUUUUCCAGUUAAUGACGAUAAUCUUAUAUUUGCAUAUCUUAUGAAAGAAGUCGGAGCCUGCAUCGUUCCCCGUGUUGUGAGCAUGUUAUACUGAAGAAUCAAGACAGUUUAGUCAGAUUACAACCUUGUUUGCGUAAGAUCCAGAUACCGUUUGUUCCCCUUAUCUUUGUUAAGAUAUGUUGCCUCAUGAGUUAUCAUUAGUUUAGCAGUAAAUGAUUCACUUUACAUCCAGUUGUCUUGUUUACACAAGACCUGUGAUACGAGCUCGGUCACCUGGCAGGUUGUUAUUCAUCCAUAUUUUCUGCACAUUAAAUAACUUGUGAAUAUUUAUUAAAGUAAUAUUUGCAUUCAAAUCUAUUAUAUUCUACAUUAAAAGUAUAAUCGUACAAGACUUUGGGGCAACUCUGCCUGAGUUAUGAGUCACUACCACCCAUAUCACUGUGUAUGUAUGUGUGUUAUCGCUGUACUUCUGUCAGCCUUUCUUACAUUUCCAUUUGAGUAUUGUGAGGGAGCUGAAGCGACGCUCUGAUUAGCUGUUGGCUGCCCCAGCACAGUGUCCCCGUUGGCAUGUAAAGCUCCUAUUUGUGGCUCAGUCGUGUAGUCUAGCUUUAAAAAGAACUAAAUAUGACAAAAAAAAAGUCUUGUACAUGUGUAAAAUACCAGUAAAGAGUGCAUGUUUGAAAGGCCAUGUGACUGACACCUCCUCUCGGACAGAGAGAUCCUGCUUAAGCCACUUCUAUCGAGUCCUCGUGCAUGUCCAGAAGCCCAUCAUCUGCAGUGUAUCCUACCAAACUCUGACUGUUAUAUUCUGUGAAAUUUGUACUUUCAACAAGCCUAUUAUCCAGUAUCUCAUGUAAGGUACGUUUGAUGUUAGCAAUAACAGAAAUGCAUCAGUAAAGGAAUAUAUUUGAUAUUUAACGCAGUGAAAAUAAAACGUGAUAAAUCAGCAACGAUGAGGGGCAGAGUCAUUUUAAAAGCAAUAUUUAUUCAAAGUAUGAACUUAAUGAGUGCCGAUGACUAUUUUCUUGUAUAAACUGUUUGUUUGACUCCUUUUCAGUCCUCUGCCUCAUCGUUGUUUGUUUCAGUCACUGGUACUGUAAGUGUUGAAGGCUUCUGUAGCUUCCCAGUAUGUCUCUGUGUAUGACGAACGCUGACUUUAUUAAGCUAUAACAACAGAAAUAAAGGGAGCCUGCUGUCGA